CGGCGAGUUAACUCACCGCCACGAUUAAAUAAACGCAGCUACUCAGAUUUUUCCGAUUUUUUGAUAUCCUCUCUCACUCACCAGAAAACUCCAUUUCUCUUUGUACUGUUGCAAUCUCUUCCUGUGAACCGUAAACCCUAGCAUCAGAAAUCGAAAGUCAGAGGCCAGGAAUAAGUACCAGUUCCUAAUGGCGACAGCCGUUCUCCUCAGAUCUCUUCGUCGCCGCGAAAUUUCCUCCGCCCCUCUUAGCGUUUAUAAAGCUUUGAAUGGAACUACGAAGCCGGCAUGGGCUUUGGGUAACAAGUGGGCAGGCGUUGUAAGACCAUUCAGCACACAGCCAGCUGGGAAUGAUGUUAUCGGUAUUGAUUUGGGCACCACAAACUCGUGUGUUGCUGUCAUGGAGGGCAAGACUCCUAAAGUUAUUGAAAACUCAGAGGGUGCUCGUACAACUCCAUCGGUGGUUGCUUUUAACCAGAAAGGAGAGCUUCUGGUGGGUACACCAGCAAAACGGCAGGCUGUCACCAAUCCCACCAACACAAUCUUUGGUACCAAGCGUCUUAUCGGUAGGCGUUUUGAUGAUACUCAGACCCAAAAGGAAAUGAAGAUGGUCCCAUAUAAAAUUGUCAGAGCCCCUAAUGGAGAUGCAUGGGUUGAAGCCAAUGGACAGCAGUAUUCACCGAGCCAAAUUGGUGCUUUUAUUCUGACCAAGAUGAAGGAAACUGCAGAGGCCUAUCUUGGGAGGUCUGUCAACAAGGCUGUUAUAACGGUACCAGCUUAUUUUAAUGAUGCUCAAAGGCAAGCCACCAAGGAUGCUGGGAGAAUUGCGGGACUUGAUGUGCAAAGAAUCAUAAACGAGCCUACUGCAGCUGCACUUUCCUAUGGUAUGAAUAACAAGGAGGGUCUUAUUGCUGUAUUUGAUCUUGGAGGUGGAACUUUUGAUAUUUCCAUCUUGGAGAUUUCAAAUGGCGUCUUUGAGGUGAAAGCCACUAAUGGAGAUACUUUUUUGGGAGGGGAGGACUUUGAUAAUACUCUGUUAGAAUUUUUGGUUAGUGAGUACAAGAGAACUGAAGGUAUAGAUUUGUCCAAGGACAGGCUUGCCCUGCAGAGACUUCGAGAGGCAGCUGAGAAAGCAAAGAUAGAACUUUCAUCGACAUCACAGACUGAAAUCAACUUACCUUUUAUCACCGCUGAUGCAUCUGGUGCAAAGCAUUUGAAUAUAACACUGACCCGAUCAAAGUUUGAGGCUUUGGUGAACCAUUUGAUUGAAAGGACCAAGUCCCCUUGCAAGAGCUGUUUAAAAGAUGCUGGAAUUUCUACUAAGGAGGUUGAUGAGGUUCUCCUUGUUGGAGGGAUGACUCGUGUACCAAAAGUUCAGGAAGUUGUUACAGAAAUUUUCAGCAAGACCCCGAGCAAAGGGGUUAACCCUGACGAAGCAGUUGCGAUGGGAGCUGCAAUUCAGGGUGGCAUUCUCCGUGGUGAUGUGAAAGAGUUGCUUCUCCUAGAUGUUACUCCCCUGUCACUUGGUAUUGAGACACUGGGAGGUAUCUUCACUAGAUUGAUUAAUAGAAAUACAACUAUUCCUUCAAAGAAGAGUCAGGUGUUCUCAACAGCUGCUGACAACCAGACUCAAGUGGGUAUUAAAGUAUUGCAAGGAGAGAGGGAGAUGGCUUCUGACAACAAGCUCCUUGGUGAAUUUGAACUUGUGGGUAUUCCUCCAGCUCCUAGAGGCAUGCCCCAGAUAGAAGUUACAUUUGACAUUGAUGCGAAUGGAAUCGUCACUGUUUCUGCAAAGGACAAGACCACUGGUAAAGAGCAGCAGAUUACCAUUAGAUCUUCUGGUGGCCUAUCAGAAGAUGAUAUUGAGAAGAUGGUCAAGGAGGCCGAGGCGCAUGCGCAGAAAGAUCAAGAAAGAAAGGCUUUAAUUGAUCUCAAAAAUAACGCUGACACCACCAUAUACAGUAUCGAGAAGAGCUUAAACGAAUAUAGGGACAAGGUUCCGAGCGAAGUCGUGUCAGAAAUUGAGUCAGCUAUCACAGAUUUGAGAACUGCUAUGGGCGGUGAGAACAUUGAUGAGAUUAAGGCUAAGCUUGAUGCAGCAAACAAAGCAGUAUCAAAGAUUGGACAGCACAUGUCUGGCAGUUCAGGUGGUAGUUCAUCGUCUGGAGGGGCUCAGGGUGGCAACCAGACCCCCGAAGCAGAUUAUGAGGAUGCAAAGAAGUAGAUUUUUGAGGCAACAGGAGGAAGAACUUUUGUUUGAGAUGUAUGGUUCGGCUGUUGUGUUCAUAAUCCUGCAGAAGCUGGGCCGUAUUAAUUUGCUAGCCCAGUUCUAGUGAUGGGUUUCUCGGUUACAUUUUGGUGGCAAAAAGUUUUAUUGUUGAAUAAAUUUUACUUUGCGAUUGUAAAUAUUUUAGACGUGAUUUAAUUUCAUUUGUUGCAGACUUUGUUGCUCACCUGCUUUUUGGGAACUUCAAAAUUUUAAGGUGGCUUGAGUUGAAAAUGUCUUUCUGACUCAUUUGUUGUAACCGCCUACGUGGUAAAUGAUGUAUCCAUGUUGAAAUAUUUCAA